ACAAAAAAAAAAGUUAUCAUUGAUUUAUAUUAAUAAUUAAUAAUAAAAAUAAAGCUGCCGGCAAGCGGCUGUCUUUUCGCAUUCCGGCCAGAAAACUUCUUCUUCGACUCUUCCGAGGUGGUAUCUACUUGAGACAAUGUCUUCUGCGAUGUAUUCUACCUUGCGUGGCACCACACUUGCUCUUAAUUAUAGCAAGAACUCUGCUGAUGAUUCCAUUAAGUCCGGUUUCUUGAGUAAAAAGCAGACACUGCAUUUUAAGAACUAUCUGUCAGCUAAUACUCAAAGGCUGGAUAGAAUUCAAUGUAGGGCGUUAGAGGUGGAAACUGUCCGAACCUUUUUGAAGGGAGACAAAUUUGAACUACAUGAUGUUAUUGAAGCACAACAAUUUGAUAGAGAUAUACUCAGUGCAGUAUUUGAAGUCGCACGUGAAAUGGAAACCAUUGAGAAGAAGUCACGUGGAAGCCAGAUUCUCAAUGGUUUCUUAAUGUCUACUCUCUUUUACGAGCCUUCUACUAGGACUAGACUUUCAUUUGAGUCGGCGAUGAAAAGGUUAGGUGGUGAAGUGUUGACAACGGAAAACGCACGAGAGUUCUCUUCUGCUGCAAAAGGAGAAACACUGGAAGAUACGAUUAGAACCGUGGAAGGGUAUUCAGAUAUAAUCGUGAUGAGGCACUUUGAAAGUGGUGCUGCUAGAAGAGCAGCACUGACAGCUAAUAUUCCUGUUAUUAAUGCUGGUGAUGGGCCAGGUCAGCAUCCUACUCAGGCUCUUCUUGAUGUGUACACUAUUGAAAGAGAGAUAGGAAAGCUGGAUGGGAUUAAGGUUGCACUUGUUGGGGAUCUUGCUAACGGCCGAACAGUUCGCUCCCUUGCAUAUCUUCUAGCCAAGUAUAAUAACGUGAAAAUUUACUUUGUUUCACCUGAGGUUGUAAAGAUGAAGGAGGACAUUAAAGAGUACUUAACAUCAAAGGGAGUGGAAUGGGAAGAAAGUGCAGAUCUAAAGGAAGUAGCAUUGAAGUGUGACGUGGUGUAUCAAACGCGCAUACAGAGAGAGCGUUUUGGUGAGAGAACUGAUCUCUAUGAUGCAGCCCGUGGCAAAUACAUUAUUGAUCGUGAUGUCUUGGCUGUCAUGCAGAAGCAUGCUAUUGUCAUGCAUCCUCUCCCAAGGCUUGAUGAGAUAACGGUGGAUGUCGAUGACGAUCCUAGGGCUGCCUACUUUAGACAAGCAAAAAAUGGACUCUUCAUUAGAAUGGCUUUGUUGAAGCUCUUACUUCUUGGUUGGUGAAGUUGAUGUAGGAAACUGCAGGGUAGUCUUGGUUUGAAAGAUGAGAUGAAAGUGAGACUUGUUUGAGUUUUUUUGCACUAGAGAUGUUUCAAUUAGUGUGUUUAUAAAAUGAAUUUUUGGAACAAGGAUAACCAUGAGUCCUGUAUAAGGCAACAUACUGCCAACAAUUUUCGGCCACCCUGCAGCUUUUGCUUUGUUUGAUGAAGAGGUGUGGGAAUAUAUACCCGCUCUUCGUGUUUCUAUCUGAAAUACUGAAAUCAGAGCAAAUUUCAUGUGA